AACAAGGCGAGUGGGCAUUAAAUCGCUGUUGAGUUUCAGUGAUAAGUCCAUGAUCAUUGGGCAAGUGAGUUGGACAACGAUAAUAGGGCACCUUGGCGGGUGAGGCAAGUGUUUCCCGAACAUUAGGUAGCUGACUGUGGUCUAAAAGGUGCUGUUUUAAAACAAAGUCACACUGUUGAGACAACACAACGUGCAAUACUCUCUGAAAUCGCUUUUUUUCACCUGACAAAGGAAAAAAAUAAAGAAACAUUGAAGAGGAUAAGUUAGUAUGGAGGUCAGAUACAACCAAGAGACAGAUCCAGGGAUGAGGCUGAAGAACGGCAUAAAGGAUGGGAAAGAUAGCAAGGAUUCCCAGGGAAACCUUUCCAAAACCUUCCUAAAGGAUCAGCAGGAGUCCUUCUCGCCAUCUGGGACGGUGGAAAGCUGUGAGAAGAACCGGGGGAGCACGGGCGACCCGGACUACUGCCGGAGAAUACUUGUCCGAGGUGAGAGGAUUUCCACUCAUAUUUACUCCUGUUGCAGUGUAUGGGCUCUAUUUACUCAUUGCUUUAGUUUAUAUGUAUCCACAGUAUGAAAUAAGAUCAUUUGCUAUGUGAGAUAUGCUGAAUUGCCAGACUGAUGUUUUGGAUAUGGGAUUCCAGUAUAGGCUUUGUGUAGACUCAAGAAGCGUAGAAAUAGCUUUUGGUUUCACAGACAUACUGCUACAUUGUUCCCAACCAAAUUCUCUGUUUUUAUACUGUAUGUACAAUAUGUUUGAGGUAUUGGGAUCGAUACAAUUUUUCAACCGUUAGAAUCGUUAUACUUAUUCAUUCGACUUUAUUUAUUUGACACCAAGCAGCAAAUUUCCCCCUACCGCUAUUUGGUUUAUGUUGUUGUUUUUAUCUCUCUUUCAUUUUCAGAAAAAUAACAGGAAAUUAGGCACCAUCAGUUAACAAUGCACUAUAGUCCCGUUUGUAGCUUCCGGGGCAUUCUUGGGUGAGAGUACAACAUUAUGCCAAAGAAGAAGAAAAUAGAAAAACACACACCCCCACUCACUCUUAUCUGUCUCAUGGUAGUUUUAGUCAUUGUAAAAGUAUUUUUGGCUUUAUCCUUAAACCAUUUUGAAUUCAAAGUAAAUACAAACAUACAUUUUUUUUUGCACUUUUGUAAAAAUUAACUAUGUGCAUAUUUUUAUGAAUUUUCUUCUUUAUGUUACAUUUUACAUUUACAUUUUAGUCAUUUAGCAGACGCUCUUAUCCAGAGCGACUUACAGUUAGUGAGUGCAUACAUUUUUCAUACCGGCCCCCCGUGGGAAUCGAACCCACAACACAACCCUGGCGUUGCAAGUGCCAUGCUCUACCAACUGGCCUUACUCCUGUGACAUACUCCUUCUAUCAAAAUGGUUUGCAUUCACCAACAAUUGGGUUUCUUCUGAAAUUGAAUUAUACAGCACACUUAUAGAAUCAUAGAGCACAUUUAUUUAAGAUAUUAAGUACAUUUGGUUUGAAAAUUAAGGAUGAAUUUCAUGCUACUAUAUAUAAUCUAUCUCCAUUAAAAUACUAUUUUAUUUGAAAGCAAUAUUCACACAAGUUUCAAAUCAUAAGAUACACAGGUUUUCACUAUCUUAUCUUAUUCUGAUACAGAUGAUGAAUAAGUAAUACUAAUGGAGGUCAAAUGCACUUGCUUACAUCAUCUUGUUCUAAAUAAUAUAAGGUAUUUCAUAUGUAGUUAAUACAAAGACAUUAGUUAAUUGUUAUGUUGUUUUAGUGUCAUCUGGCCUCAGGGGUAAAUUGUAACAGAAUAAGCGCACAUCAUUUAUUUAAUCUGUUUAACACAGUUGGUCAAACAUGGAGACUGUUUGAAAACAUGAAUAUAUCCUUGCUAAUAGGUAUGGAAAUAAUUUAGCAACUAAAUGAAAACUAAAUUCAAACAAAUGUUUAUACUUUCAGGUUAUCUUUUGCUGCUUUUAGAUGAUGAGAGAAAUAAUCAUAAUUUAAAAAGUAAUAAUACAUUUUAGUUCAUUGAGUAAAUUCUUAAGAAAUAACCUUUUUCUAUUAUCUUUUCUAUUUUCUCUCUUUUUUAUUAAGUCAUUAAAUGCUCAUACAGUUAUGGAAUAAAUAUCAAGUUAUCUAAAGGUAUAUCCUUUAAUUAUUUUUUCGUUUACAUUACAAAAGUACAACUUUUUAAUUACACAUUACAUUUUGAUUGUAGAAAACUAUAGGGGGGAAAACUAUUUUGAGGUUAGUUUACUCAAUUUAGGAGAGAGUACUGAUUGAGAUGAUAAAAUAUGAUCAUUUAGACUAGCGUAUUGAUGCAAUUAAAUGGGUUGACCAAAGGAAAUGAUCACAAUAAUAAAUAAAAAAGUAUCAUUGUAUUUUGUAGAUGUUUUAUACUUUUGAUCAACUUUCUUCUAAUUAAAGACUGUUUUUUUUGACUGGUUUUAAUGUGGUUGAGGUUAUCCCCUAGUACAUUUGGAAAGUACACUAGUUGGUUGGGAAAAUGUCAGUGUAUUAAUUUAAGUAAUGCAUAUUACUGUGGUUGAUAUUGUGCAUUUUAUGCAUUCAUAUAAAUAAUGUACCAUAUUCAUGUGCAUACCUGGAUGGUUAAUUUUUCAAUUUUGCAUACAUUCUUGGUUAUCUGAAAACAUUGUAUUGUAUUGUGUGAUGUAAUUGAAUAGAAAUCCUCAGUUUUAUUACCCUAAAUGAUGUAUUUUAUUAUGUAUUUAAUGUGUUUUACUUCGAAAAUACAGUAAAAUCAUCAUAGAUAUCUUGAUAUAGCUUUAUGCUAUGCACUGCAACAAGACGUAAAUCUUUCAUUGACGGUAAUCAUUCAUUUCAUGGACAACAGAAGGCCUACACAUAUUACUAAAAAUUAUGAAUGGUCAUUCUAAUGUUGUGAUAAUGAUGAGCCAAAAGUAUUUCUAAAUUUGAAUAUAGUUAUCAUUGACAAAUCUUCAAUGGUCACUUGUUCUUUUUUGUAGAUGCCAAAGGGUCUAUCCGAGAGAUCAUUCUGCCAAAGGGACUGGAUUUGGACCGUCCCAAACGAACCCGGACCUCUUUCACUGCAGAGCAACUCUAUCGUCUGGAGAUGGAGUUCCAGAGGUGCCAGUAUGUGGUUGGGAGGGAACGGACAGAACUGGCCCGCCAGCUAAAUCUAUCUGAAACGCAGGUAAUUCAAGCAAUACAAUACAUGUACCUAUUUCACUCUGGCCAUCAGUAAAUAAAUACAAAAUCCACAUUCUGUGUUAUCAUAGAUAUGUUAUGGGUCAUUCCACAAAUAGAGUGCCUUUUGGGUAGUGUAAUUUGGUCCAAAAUAACUAUUUUUUUCACCUAAUUUUUACAUUCUGUCAAAAGAGCACAUGCUCAACUUCAUAAAAAAUAUGUUUUCCCAUCUCAAGACGUUAAGUAAAAUAAAAAAGACUAUAAAAGUGGAAAUUAAAGUAAUAGGGCUGACCGUAACAGGGUUGACCGUAACAAAGUUGACAAUUUCAUCUUAAAUCAGCCAUAACUCCACCUGUGACAGGGGAAAUUGAAGCUUGUUGUGUGCAACAGGGAGGGGCAAUUGAAUGCAUGCUUUACAAAAAUUUUUAGCUAGCCUGUCUAUCUUGUGUAACAGGCGUAACAUGUUAUGCUCGAUGCACUCAGUUUUCUACCACAAAACACCAGCAAAUGGCCAAAAGGAGUAGAACCAGUUCACCUGCUUUUACACUAUGAUUUGACUAUUAGAUGUUCAAUGUUUAUUUUGUUAAUCACUAAAUCACAAUAAAUAAAUAAUAAUCUUCAGAAAUUACUUUGUCAAAGCAACAAAAGAACAAGGGCUUUACAAUGAUGGUGAAAACUUGGUGAAAUCUUGGGAUUAAGUGGGUUACAAUCUUCCUAGAAGUCGGACAAACAUGAAAACACUACUAUUGGAAUAUUUAACAUAGUUUAGUUUAGUUAGAGCAUAGAUGUAUUUGAUCUAACUGUUACAUUUAGUGGUUUAUCAAAAUGUACACAGAUAAUGUCACAAGGACAUAAAAGGCACUCUAUUCGUGGAACGACCCUUAUGUAUUUCAAAAUCUUAUCUCAAAUGUGAAAAAUAGUGUGUAUGAUUACACACAUUUAUGUAACUUACACAAUGCUUUCUACGUUGACAUCAUGCUUAUGUAAGCAUAUCCCAUUCCAAUACAAUCUAUUACAGUUUUACUAUAACCCUGACAUUUUUUAUUUAGCGUACUGAUUAGUUAAUAAAAAAAUAUUUUUGGAAGAUAAUUUAGAAAAAGGCAGACUGCUUCACUGAUCAUAUAGCUCAAGCAAUAGUACUGUUGAGUUAUGAUCAUAUACAAAACUCAAAUCAAAUCAAAUCUCUUUCAUUGUAUUUAGCCUAGUGAACUAUGCAUCUCGUUUCACUGCUAUCCCAACGAAUUCUAUAACCUUGUUAGCCUAAAUUGUUGCAUUAAGGAGGCUCAUUUUCAGUGCAGAAAAAGUAUGUUUCUAGUCCACAGGUCUUAGCUAUGGGGUCAGGGAAAGGUCACACUGCGCCCACUGUGGGUGAACUGUAUUUGCUCUUGUCUGCUCGUUCUCGACAAGAGAUACCAAGCUUAGUCACCCUUCAAUGUAUAAUUUUCACUUCAGGGAAAUCUUGCUCUCUGCUUCAGAGCUUAGUCCAAAAUAUUUGGAGCACAAUUUUAUUUAUUUAUCUUGCAAGCUGGCUAAUGGCAUAGUCAGCCACAUUUACCUUAUAUGUUUAUUACGUACGUCAUGAAUGUUUCAGUGGGCCUAAACAACCUUGACCUUGGACAGAGGUCAUACUGCAGCAUUAGACACGUGUUUCAAUUAUAAAUGUUUUCCUGACCAAUACAUUUGGACUAAUACAUUUGAUGCUUUUAUUUUGUAUUCAGCUACAGUAUUCAUGUAGUUUACCAUGUCAGCACACAAUUAAUUCAGAAUUCUUUGGUGGUUUUUAGAAUAGAAUAAUAGUGCUUUAGACACACAGCCCUUAGGUCCCCAUUCAUAGGGAGGACAAUAGGCUUGAAUGUCUUAAUGUAUUUUCACAUGCAGCAUUAAAUGUUGCACGCAGCCAUGCUCCUUGAUUGCAUUAAAUCUUCAAAUGUCUCCUUCAUGCGUUGAUGAAGUGGUCUCUAAUGAUGGCAUCAUGAAAUUAACAUUUUGUUCCAAUGCACUCUUGGGGUGUUACAUUAAGAAACGACAGCCAUUUGCUGAAGUGUGCACACCUAAUCAUCUUUGUUUGGGUUGCUGGCUUCAGAGCCCCUCGUUAGACCUUGUUGAAAAUGUAUCCUCUCAGAUAAAAUAUGUUCUCCAAUAAUUUAGGAUAUUCUUAUAACAUGAGGGAAUAUGGUAAUCAUAAUGUAAUUCCUUACUUCCGGAGUGUAAAAUAGAUUUGCGAUUGACCCACUAACCUUGGGAAUUUACUGAGUUGUUUAUCUACAACAACUACAUGGAGGAAAAUAUGCUAUUCAGAUGUGAUUGAAGUAGCUGCAGUUUGAGGUACUGUAGCUGGAGGCUCAUUGAUUGAGACACAUUCACUCUAAUUAUGGUCCGUAUGAAAGCAAUCGGGUUUAAUUGCCACAGACUUGAUAGAGGUGGGGAAAUACAUGAAGAAAACUGAAGAAAAAAAUACAAACUCCUAUUAUCCUUUUUGGAAAAGGAAUAUGUAAAAUAGAAAUAUAUAAAAUGCAAAUGGGAAAAGAGAGGUCUAUUUUCAUUGUUGAAUGACUAUCAAACAUGUGGAAUGCAACAUGUGGAAUGCAAAUGCAGUUACAUUACCUCUUCAGCGUGAAAAUGGCCUUUCACAAACACGUUUUUUCUUUAUCCACAUGAAUAGGAAUACAAUAGCCAUGUUUAUCUGUAUGCGCACUUUACUUUGUUAUACUCCUGUCCUUGUUACAGUAUACUUCAGACACACACACAUACAUACAGUAUAUACUCAUUACUAUCUGACCCUGCUUUUGUUACUUUCAUGUCUUUGAGUUCAUUAAUUAUUUUGAAUUUUCAUAAGAUGAAAAAAUGUCAUGGAAAUACAUUUUAUUCAUUUCUAGCUACAUUAUCUUACAGUCUGCAUUUCACUAGGAGAAAAAUAUGUUAUAAAGUCAUUCAUGCCUCCUCUUACGGAAAGUUUUGUUCAAGUUUAGACCACAAACACAGUACUGUAUAGUAUAUGUGUGACUCUGAUAACAUCCAUUAAUGUGACGUUGAUACGUAAAUAUUUAUAUGGCAUUAGGUUGUGAUUUCAUCCGUAUUUCUGUAAAUUAGCUACUAAAUCUAUCAAGGCCCCCUGGUCCAAGUCCCUGAUCGUGCUACCAAUGUUAUUACUAUCACAAUUCAAUUCAUGUGGACAUCAAAGUGUGACCUAUACUGAGACCACAAGGGAAUUCAUAAUUAUUCACAACAAUCCAAAUUAUUCAGUCAUUUUCUACAAACAUUGGUGUUGCAAUAAAUGCCUACAGAUAUUAGAAAAUAGUACAUAUUAACCAAAGUAUAUUAAUUUGGCUUUUGCAAAUAGACCCUGUUGCUGAAGGUCUCUAUUGCUUAUUUUCUGGCUGAUUUUGGAGCGGUUUUCUGUCCUCCCUCAAGGUUAAAGUUUGGUUCCAGAACCGACGCACAAAGCAGAAGAAGGACCAGGGCAAAGAUUCAGAGCUGCGCUCGGUGGUGUCGGAGACGGCGGCCACCUGCAGUGUAUUGAGACUCCUGGAGCAGGGCCGGCUCCUCACGCCGCCAGGCCUGCCGGGGCUCCUGCAGCACUGUGGCAACGGCACCCUGGGUGCCGCCAUGCGAGGGCCCUCCAUGGGCAUGGCCAGCAACGGAAGCAGCAGCAGCAGUGGUGCCAGCUCAGGGACGGCUGGCGGCAGUCCCCCUCUGCCCAUGGUGACGAGCUCAGGGACGGUGGCGGGUCUCCAGAGCUCCCAGUCAGCUCACGGCCUGUUCAGCUUUCCCAUGCCCUCUCUGCUUGGCAGCGUGGCCACCCGCAUGUCCUCCAACCCGCUCUCCAUGGCCGGUUCCCUGGCCGGGAACCUGCAGGAACUGUCUGCCCGCUAUCUGAGCUCUUCUGCUUUUGAACCUUACUCACGGACCAAUGGAAAGGAGAGUGUGGACAAAAACGUUUUGGAAUGA